AGAUCAUAUCUAAAUCCUUUGAAAAAUCUAAAAACCAGAGGAAUGCUCAACUUUGUCUCUAGAGAAUCUCUUAUUGGCAAAAAGACCUUAUUACCAACUUCUGGCUCGAUUCCCUCAGCAUAUAUCGGGAUAGACCCAACAGCCUCUUCUCUUCACAUUGGGAAUUUUCUAUCUCUCAUGUCAUUGUUCCACUUCCAAGCUUGUGGGUUCAGGCCAAUAAUCUUAUUCGGAGGAGCUACUGGCCUAAUCGGAGAUCCUAGUGGUAAAAAUAGCGACAGAGAGCAGCUAUCCCCCGAAGAAGUUGAAGCUAAUAUCUCCUGAUUUCAGUCAAACCUCUCUGUGUUACUAAAUAAUAUGUAUUCAGAAGAAAAUACUAAGGAAUAUUUUUCACAUCUUGAGAAGACUCCUGAGGAGCUAGCAAGCGAUAUUCGGUUUGUCAACAAUGUUGAGUUCUACCAAAAAAUGAGCGUGAUAGAAUUCAUCAGAGAUAUUGGUAUCAAAUUUAGAAUGAACACACUUCUGAGCAGAGACUCUGUGAAGAACAGACUUGGCACUGGUGAUGAAAACUCAACUUCAGAAGGAAUGACAUUCACUGAAUUCAGCUACCAGCUCUUUCAAGGAUACGACUUCGCACAACUGAACCAGAAGUAUAACUGAACUUUUCAACUUGGAGGAAGUGACCAGUGGGGGAAUAUUGCUAGUGGGAUAGAGUAUAUCCGGAAAACUACUGGAAAAGAAGCUUUUGGAGCUACAGUGAACCUGUUGACUGAUUCAAAAGGUGAAAAGUUAGGAAAAUCUGCUGGAAAUGCACUUAUGCUAGACUCUAGGGUCAAUUCUCCAUUCAACUUCUACCAGUUCUUCAUUAACACUCAAGAUGAUGUUGUCGAAAAGUUACUUAAGAAUUUGACUUUCAUGUCGAAUGAGAAAGUUGAAGAAAUUAUAAAAGAUCAUCAAAUUAAAGCUUUUAAACAAGACUCUGAUGGAAAUGUUGAGGAUGAAAGAUACGCUCAUAAAAUUCUUGCUAAAACAGUCACAAAAAUGAUCCAUGGUGAAGAGGCCAUGAAAGCCAUUGAUGCAACAAAUGCUUUCUUCCAUCGUGACAUUAAGAAUAUAAACAAAUGGAGUUUGGAGAAGCUAGAGAACCAUUUUAUUUCAGUAGAGAAACAUCAAAUCUCUUUGGAUGACCUCUCUUCAUUCUCUACAAUAGCUUCUGCAAUCUUUGGUCAAUCAAAGACUCAGAUUAGAAGACUGAUAAGACAAGGAGGAGUGCAAAUCAACUCUACUAAAAUCACAGCUGAUAGGCAUAUUGAGAAAAGUGAGCUCUUGCAUGGAAAGUACAUCUUAAUCAAACUAGGCAAAAAGAACCAUUGCUUAUGAAUGGUUCAAUAAA